AUGUCUGUCGUUUCGCUCCUCGGUGUCGAGGUUAAGAACAACCCCGCGCGCUUUGACGAGCCAUACGAGUUUGAGAUCACCUUCGAGUGUCUUGAGCAACUACAGAAGGACCUCGAGUGGAAAUUGACCUACGUUGGCUCCGCGACCUCAAAUGAGUACGACCAAGAACUCGACUCUGUCCUCGUCGGUCCUCUCCCGGUUGGCGUCAACAAGUUCCAAUUCAAGGCCGACCCCCCCAACCUGUCGCGCAUUCCCAACAGCGAGAUCAUCGGUGUCACAGUCAUUCUGCUCAGCUGCAGCUAUGAUGAGCGCGAGUUCGUGCGUGUCGGAUACUAUGUGAACAACGAGUACACAGACGAGGCGCUGGCACUCGACCCGCCUACCAAGCCCGUCAUCGAGAAGGUGCAGAGGCAGAUUCUUGCAGAGAAGCCACGAGUCACACGCUUUGCCAUCAAGUGGGACUCCGACGAGUCUGCACCCCCUGAGUUCCCCCCUGAGCAGCCAGAGGCCGACCUCACCGCAGACGGAGACCAAUACGGUAUCGAGGAAGAAGAGGAGGAAGAGGAAGAGGGUGAGGGUGCUGCCGCUGAGGGCGAGGAUGCUGCCAUGGCAGGCGCCGAGGACACUGCAGGCCCCGCCAACGACGAGGAUGCCGAGUCCGAGGCCGGCAGCGAGGAGAUUGACAUUGAAGAUUCAGAAGACGAUGAGGAGGAGGAGGGCGAGGAGGGCGGCGAUGAUGACAUGGAGAUGGAUGAGGGGGAAGCAGGCGCCGCCAACGGUGACAAGCCAGCCCAACAACAGCCCGGAGGUGCCCCGCAGCAACAGUCUGGUGCGGACGUGAUGGUCCACUAG